AUGCACAAAUUGGAGGAAGAUAUGAGGGAUAUGCCUGAGAAAUGGUGCACAUGUUCUUCAGAUGGUGGUGAUCAGCAAUUACGAAAAGCUACUUCCCGUGAAAAUUCUAGAGACAAUUACUUGUAUUGUCCACGAGCAAUAGACAUUCAACAUGGAGAUUUGAAGCAUUUCCAGUGGCAUUGGUUAAAAGAGGAACCUGAGAUUGUCAGUAAUGUUCUUGAAACUACACUUGGGUUGAGCUGGGAACCCAUGGUCAUGUGGGGUGCUUUUCGUUGGGCUUCAAAUCCAAAAGAAAACAAGCUCUCAGAUGAGGCUGUUAUUAACUGUUUGGAUUGGUGUGAGGUUGAUGUUAAUCUUCAAAAGUUUUUUGCUUGGUAUACGAAUGGUAUAUAUGACACUGAAGGGUGGCCUCAGAUCCUAAAGCUGAAAGAGUACUGGCCUCCAUUAAAUUCAUUUGAAGAACGGCUGCCACGUCAUGGUGUUGAAUUCAUCACUUGUUUACCCUUUAAAGAGUACACACAUCCACGUGAUGGCUACCUUAAUCUUGCAGUCAAAUUGCAUGAAGAAUCUUGUAAGCCAGACAUGGGUCCUAAAACAUAUAUAGCUUAUGGUGUUUCUGAAGAAUUGGGACGUCGAGACUCUGUAACUAAACUUCAUAGUCACAAGUAUGAUGUGGAUCAGAAGGAACUUUAUGUUGAUAACACAAAAGAUGCUACUUCUGAGCAAGUUGUUGGGUCGAAGAAACAAGAAGGGCAUAAAACUACUAGUAAUCUAUCAGAUCAAUAUUUAUUGAAGAAGGAAAGUUGUGAAGGAGUUGAGUUUGACAUUGAUAAAAAAGAUAAGAGGAAGAGAAAGGGUUCAAAUAAAAGAGUUGAGGGACCAGAUGGAAAUAAACGAAAGAAAAAAAAGGGCAGGAAACAAGUGAUAUCUUUUGAUAGUGAAGAAGUUGAUAACCAAGAUGAUACUUCAGGUACUUGUGUGGUUGGAUCUGAUUUAGGAGAUGGAGGUGCUUUGUUGGACAUAUUUAGGAGGGAAGAUACUCCUAAACUCGAAGAAUAUCUCAAAAAACAUUUCAGAGAGUUUAGACAUUCCUUCUGUCUUCCACUACAGCAGGUUAUACACCCAAUUCAUGAUCAAACAUUCUACUUAACCAUGGACCAUAAAAGGAAGCUCAAGGAAGAGUUUGGGAUUGAAGCAUGGAGUUUUGUCCAAAAGCUUGGAGAUGCUGUCUUAAUACCUACUGGAUGUGCCCAUCAAGUCAGAAAUCUAAAGGGAUCAUCAUGGCUUGAUGUUGUGGGGAUUAAUUGCCAUGUCACAAAUCUACCCAAAGCUACAAGUAUGACUAGGUUUAGAGCAACGGUUGCAAGAGAUGAGUUCAGAAGAAGAAGAAACAAGGUUGCAACUAUAGUUCAGGUUGAUCUUGAAUAG